AUGAAGGCGAUUCUUUUCCUGGUCAGCUCCCUGGCCAGUGUCCUGGCAGCCGCAGACACAACGUCAUGUGAGCCAACCUUGGUCAUGCCUCCCAUUACAGUGACCCGCCGCGAGCCAAACCCUACAAACAUUGGGGCAGUCGAGACCCCUGUUGUGGGAACCUACACCGGUACCAAGAUCUGCACCGCUCCUGAGUGCACAGGCAAAGUGGCACCAGGAUAUGCCCCUGGCCAUUCUGGUGUUGACACACCAACCACCCUUGUUUCAUCGGCAUCCACGACUCGCAGCACUUCCACUCCCGAAACUUCAGCCACAUUCGUUACCGUCAACUCGGCCACCAAGGUAUCAGCUAUUCAAUAUAUCGGUGCUGCCUCGCUGGUAGCUUGUUGGAUGGUCUUGGGGGCUUAG